CGGGCCGGGUGGCGCCGAGAGCGACGGGGCGGUGGGGUGGGAGGUUCCGGGCGGAGCGGGAGCUUCCGGGAGCACAGUCGGGCCGGGUCCGGGUUGAGGAUGAAGAAGGAGCAGGUGGUGCAUUGCCAGUUCUCCGUGUGGUACCCGCUGUUCCGCGCUGUCACCAUCCGCAGUGUUAUACUUCCCCUACCAGAGAAUGUGAAAGAAUAUUUGCUGGAUGAUGGAACACUUGUGGUUUCUGGAAGAGAAGAUCCACCAAGUCAUGCUCAGGAGGGGAGCGAUGAUGCAGAGGAAAUACAGUGGUCGGAUGAUGAGAAUACUACAACACUUAAGGCACCAGAAUUUCCUGAGUUCACAGCUAAAGUUCAAGAAGCAAUAAGUUCCUUGGGUGGCAGUGUUUUUCCUAAACUUAACUGGAGUGCUCCAAGGGAUGCCUACUGGAUAGCAAUGAACAGCUCUCUGAAAUGUAAAGCUCUCAGUGAUAUCUUCCUCCUCUUCAAGAGUUCAGACUUCAUUACUCGUGACCUCACUCAGCCAUUUAUCCACUGUACUGAUGAUUCCCCUGAUCCUUCCUUGGACUAUGAGCUUGUUCUUCGCAAAUGGUGUGAACUAAUCCCUGGUGCAGAAUUCAGAUGCUUUGUCAAGGAAAACAAACUUAUAGGUAUAUCACAGAGGGACUACACUCAAUAUUAUGAUCAUAUCUCCAAGCAGCAUGAGGAGAUCUGUAGAUCAAUACAGGAGUUUUUCAAGAAACACAUACAGUAUAAAUUCCUGGAUGAAGACUUUGUUUUUGAUGUGUACAGAGACAGCAGGGGUAAGACUUGGUUAAUAGAUUUUAACCCAUUUGGUGAAGUAACGGACUCCCUGCUGUUUACGUGGGAAGAACUGACCUCUGGGAAAAACUUGAAAGGAGACCAGAGUGAAGGGGAAGCAACAGAACAGGACUAUCCAGUUUUUCGUUGUACGAACAGUAAAGUUACUGUCCAGCCUAGUCCAUACCUGAGUUACCGACUGCCGAAAGAUUUUGUGGACCUUUCUACAGGAGAAGAUGUUCACAAAUUAAUUGACUUUCUUAAACUGAAAAGAAAUCAGCAAGAUGAUGACUGAGGUAUCAAGAAGCAUUACUCUGCAUUACAUGCAAGAAAUGUCGUAAAAGCUAUAUUUAACAUAACUAUUAAGCUAUUGAUUUAAAGAAACCUGCUUUUUAUAGUCAGUGAAAGAACUGAAGAGAUGUUCAUCUUGUGUGUCUUCUGGCUUAUAUAAAAACGCAGAAAAGAUUUUUCAAGGAAACAUGAAAAGUCAGGGUGAGUUUUCACUGGAUUCCAGGUUAAAUGCAAUUAUACCAUGGUGCAAGCAAGCAACAAUCUGAGUGCAACUGAACAACUGCUUUCCCAUCUCAUAAUGUGAAGAUUGAUGCCACUGAAGUAUGCCAUCGGACUCUACAGUGAUAAAUAUGACAACAUUUAAUGCUUGUGCAGUUAAAACAUUCUCUGAAUCUAGGCACGGCCUUGCUUAAAAUAUAAUAUAGUCACAAGGAAAGAAAGGAAUGUAUGUUUUUUGCUGUAGUAGCCUUUUAAAAUUGUAAAUUGACUUCUGUUUUGGGAGCAAUUCUUAUCCUUCCUUUAUGUAAAAUAAGAAAAGAAAAAAUAAAAGUGGAGAAGGGAUUUUUUUUUUUUCUUUUUUAUGAGGGCUAACACUUCAUUUCAGAGAAGAGCUAUAUCUAUAGUAGACUACUUAAAUUUUGCAUUUCUGGAGUUUGAAAUUAUGAAUGCAUUUCAAGUAAAGUAAUAUUUGCACAGUAGCUAAAGCUAUGAAUUUUGUUAAACUUCACCAAAUUUCAAUUAAUUUUCAUAGUAAAGCUUUCUUGAAACUUACUUUUUAACAUGAUUACAUACUAGAUGUCAUCCGUGGCUUUAAUAUAAAUAGUUAAACAUAACAUCAACCUGUAAUUCUAUAUGUGGACUCAAGCUUGUUUCUUUUGUAUCACAUCUCUGGUUUCGUAAGAAAACUCUUUCAGCUCUUAAAAUUCAGUAUUCAUUUGGUACUUCAUGUUUUUUGUAUAAAAGGAAGCAUGGCUAAAUUUGGGGAAACAGAAGCUCUUGUUACCAAUUGCUGUUGUUUGGGAGGUGGGGGGGAGGACAGUUUCAAAGAACCAACUAACUUUUGGAUAUAGGUGUUUGCAUGGCAUCAGUAAUUUGUUAACAGUGUGCACAAUUCCUAAUGAAACAAAAGGACACUUGGAAGUGCUCAUAGUCCCCUGGAAAUUGGUUUCUAUUUCAAACCAGUUAUGUGAUACUUUAUGUGUGCAUAUAAAGCUGUUCAUGUUUCUUUGCCUUGCUUUUGCUGUCAAAUUGAUAUGGUGCUCGGUUACAAUCUGUUCUUAGAUGUUAAAUUAUUACUUACCAUCUUUAUUUAGCUUCAGUUUUGAAUGAAUACUUACUCUAGUUAAAGGUAAGGCAGAUUAAGAAUCCAAUUCUACCAAAUACAUUGAUGAAACAUCACAGAUUAAAGCUCCUGGAGUCUGAGAGUACAAGAUCUGCCCUACCCUUGAAGCAAUGGAAUCUCCUUCUCAAUAGGUUUUUGUACACAAAUUAGAUGAUCAUUAACUCAGGGCUGGUCUAUACCUAAUCCUGCCAUACUGCAGGACUUUGGAUGAGUUUUUCUCACCCUUAUCAGAGGGAUUUUUUGAGUAUAAAUGUCUCUAAGGUAGGAACUUCAAAAUGUGAAAAAUAAAUAAAGCUUUCCUUUUUUUUUAAAGUUUCUAGCCAUAACUUAAGCUAUUGUGAUGAUCUGACUGCACUUCCUUUACACAGAUAAGGAAUGGAAUGGAAUGGAAUGGAAUGGAAUGGCAUGGCAUUUCCAGCAGGUUCAUAAAUGCUUCUGAACUACAGAGUGUUGUCUUUAAAAAAUACCAUACCAUGAUUUAAAGCUGCAAGAUAGUUUCCUGGAUCUUUUUUAUGGGCUCCACUAAUUAAUUAAGCAUUAUCACAGCUUUCUGUGCUGAAUAUUCACCAGAACAUAUAUGGUGUCAAGACUAGUUUGGUGGGACCAUAUGCACUCUAGAAUGUCCCUUCAGGUGAGUAGGUUGGAGCAGAAACCUUUUAACAGUCCUUUGCUUCUUGACAUUAUUAUUUAUCCUGAAAGUGGCAUCACCAAGUGAACUGACCAUAAUCAGUGCAGAACACUUAGACUUGCUGGCAGCUUUUGUAUGUUUGCAAGAACUACAGUCUUCUGUGCGUGCUCUGUGUUUAUAGUUGAGCUCUUUUAGGGCAAAUCACAGUGGAAUUGGGCACUGGCCCAGCAUCUGGCUCCCUAAACAGCUUUGCUUGUGGCUAGCCUGUGCUGGUCCUCUAGUUAAAGGACCACCAUAAUGACAUGCUGUGUCGCUCCUGUCUCCCACCCAGUGUCCUCUGGCACAGCUUACCCCUCCAUCCCUCAUCAGUUUCAACAGCUGUUUAACACACUUGAAGACUUCUCUUUACAGUCAUAUGCUUGUGAUAAGUGAAUUCAAAACUUGUUUUUCUCCCCUAUGAUUUGCUAACAGAUGACCAGUCUGAAUUAACAGGGUGCUCAGCCAAGCAAUCAAACACUGAUAACUAAGUUCAUUGCAGAGUUGCAGGAACUUAUGCCACUUCCUCUGGGCUUAGUCUUAAUGAAGAACCAUAAAGGGUAGCAGAGCAAAAAUACUAGUCCCAUGUUCAGGUCCUCAUACAGAAAAAGCCCCCACUAUAAAAAUCUGUUCUACAUAAUCAGAUUACCCAAGAUAUCAUAUCCUUAUAAUUUAAAUAUGUACUUUAUAUUUGCUUCAACUUCAGGUAACCAGAUGUUGAAUUUUUGUCUGCUAGAUUAAGGAUUCCUUUUCUAAAAGAAUUUUUAUCCCAUAUGACCUUUUGAUCUGUAAGGAUAAUUAACAAACAUAUUCUUCUUGGGGAGGUAAGGAAGCUAAUAUUGAUACAUUAAAAGUGCUUCCGAUCAGUUUUAAACUGAAUAGUAUAUGACACUGUUUUAAUUCUAUUUCAGGUCAUCAUAAAAUCAGUUUCUGCCCCUAACCAUCAUACAGAAAUUUGAAAAUACAGAAUUCUAAUUGUUAGAUCCUUGUUCAUGUGAUUCAAUGAUACGAUCACCAUUUGCUGAGUAAGUGCUAACUAUAUACUAUAUAUUCUUAGUUAUAUGCUUAAAACAUUAUCUAAAGGUACUUGUAAUCUCACCUAGAUGACAAACAUGAGAAGGGAGGUAGCAUGCAGUUGUUUUAUACAGAUCAUAUGCUUGUCAAACUCUUGAGGAGUCUGGCUGUAUCCAAUGGCUCAAGGGUAGUGAAGCUCACUUCUUAGACUGCAGCUCUGCCAGGAGGGCCAAAGAAAAGUCUUUGUUUCACAGCCGAUGCUUGUGAUAUUAAAUCUCCCAGACGGAUAGUGGGGACGAGGACUCCAGUAACCCCAUAAGCAGUAGUUGUUAACAUGUACUGGCUUAGUUCAGGAUUUGGAAUAAUGCUCCUGUACUUCUGGGCUGUGGACUGUCCAUUCUGUUUGUAUUCCUUUGACUUUUCUUUUUCCAGUGUUGUCCACAUCUUUCCUGACCCACUGAUCUAAUAUUUUUGUGAAUAUUAAGAUUAGAAUAAGCAACAGCAUGGAUAAUGCUGAUCUGCAUUUUUAAAACCUCUCUCUGUCCACUUUUUCUUCCUCCUUAGAAAGUGAUUGUUUUGAGUGGUGUUUUGUAAUAUCUGAAAAAAAAAAAAACCACACAACAAAACAAACAAACAAACAACAACAACAACAAAAAACAAACAAACAAACAAACAAACAAACUAAAAGUAGGGGAAUAAUAGCCAGCUCCAAGUCUUGGCAAAAUUAAUACCACUUGUUGGAUUCUGGUCACAGUGUAUGGCUUGUAAAAAUCCCAACUGAAUAGCAAUUUCAUGUAUCUCAUUCUUACACGCUUACCUGUUGCUGAUGUCCGGGAUGUAGUGCUGCCCAGAAAAGAGUACACAGUGAGAUGAGGUUCAGAUGCCCAAUUAAGCAACAUUAGACUAAACCUUCAAGGUUUCAGGCUUCCAAGAGAGCGUUGCCAGAUGAAAGGAUUUCAAAAUAGAUCAGUGGUAGUGUGGAGGUGGGUAAUAGCAUGGCACAAACCUGCAUAAAAGUAAUUCUGGUACCUUUGUGCACAACUAAGUUAAUUGAGCUUUCACAAAUUGUCCCAAAUCUGAAGUGUUGAACAGCUGGAGAAGACCGUGGGAUAUGUCAGUGAGUAUAAAUAGGCAAAUCAGCUUGGCAACUAGUAAAUAAUUUCAACCUUAGAGGCCAAGAGUAUACAGUUCAGGUUGUGCUUGGAUACCACUUCAAGAAAUAAUACUGAACUAAGACACAUACCUUUGGCUAAAAGAAGAUGGGCCUUCAAGUGUACAACAGAAACAGACUGUAGUGGUUUUGAUUCAUGGUGGAUACUUGGUAAUGCUGAUAUUUAGAGGCUUAAUAAAUCUGUCUUAACAAAAGUUUGCCUGGAUGUUGAGUUAAGUGUCUUUAUUUUUGUUUGAAUUUGAUGAUGCCUGUAAAGAGAAAGUCUCCAGCUUGUGGUCAUCCUGAAAUUGUAUAGAUUAUAUGGGUAUUUUGUGCAGACCUGAAGCUUUCUGAAAUGUACAGAGACCUUAAGGAGUAAUGUGUCAUUAUAGAUUUUUAUACUAAUAAAAACAUUGGCACUGCA